AUGGUGAGGACCCCUGAGGACGAAGAGUUUGAAGAAGCCGAUGGGAUUUUGUCCGAGCUUCGAAGGAAGGCUGAGACAGGUGACAGCGAUCUUCCAUGGGGCGAUUGCUUGGAAAGGUCCUGGCAUGAUGGCACCUUGCGGGUGACGCGCUCGUAUGCGAGCAGCUCUGCUGCAGUGCCGGAGGUAGUGAUUCAGGAGUUCCCGUACUCAGCGCAUCCAUGCUCCGGUGUUGGGGGCACAGGUGGUCUGGUCUGGCGCGGCGCCCUGGCGUUGGCUGAGUUCCUGGGGGAGCAACAUGAGUUGUUGGCCAACGCCCAGGUGAUUGUGGAGAUUGGCGCUGGCUGCGGCCUUCCUGGGCUGGCCGCAGCGGCACAGCUGGCGGCGCAGCAUUCGCCAGGUGUCAAGCAGGUGAUCCUCACCGACGGCAGCCAUUUAGAAAGAGAUGGAGCCUACCAUGCAGAGGAUUGCAAACUCAAGUUCUGUUUGGAACAGGAGACCGCAGCUUUGGCGCGAUCCGAAGGACCACUGGCAAUGUUCAAUGCCUUGAUCGAGAAGGGGCAGUUGCAGGAUGACCCGGAGCAAAGGAGGGUGAUGGAAAUCUUAAACGCGAUCCACUUUGGCGCUCCAAAGCGAACGUCGAGAGGAUUGUACCUGUACGGAAGCGUUGGCUGUGGAAAGACUAUGUCAAUGGACAUUUUCUUCUCCGCAUUGAAGAGCCACCCAACGUUGCGCGUUCAGAGGAAACAUUUCCACGAGUUCCUCUACGAAGUCCAGCGCUUGCUGCACCAGAUCAAGGCGGAGGACCAGCAGGGCGUUCCCACGGGCCUCGGGGUCCAACGCGCCGGCGAGCGCAUCGCCGGACAAGUGGAUGUGUUGUGCUUUGAUGAGUUUGCUGUUACUACCAUCCAGGAUUGCUGCAUUUUGCUGCCCUUAUUCAAUGCUCUUUUUAGGUCUGGUGUGACGGUCAUUGCCACCUCCAAUCGAUGUCCUGAAGAUCUCUAUAGCGAUGGCCUCAACCGACAGGUCUAUCUUCCACCCUUUCUGGAGCUAUUACGACGGAAUUGCAAGGUGCUUCACAUGCAGAACAAGACGGACUACCGUGCAUUGCAGUUCGAGAAAAGCCCUGAUGCAGGCGUUUUCUGCUGGCCCCCCGAAGCCGCCUUCGUGGAUGGCUGGUUCAAGCGGAUCGCUGGAUGCGGCACUGCUGGCCGGGUGGAGGUUGCCUACAGCAGAACACUGGCAGUGCCAGUGAUCUCGAGUUGCGGAGGUGUUGCCAGGUUUGCUUUCAGUGAUUUGUGUGAACAGCACCUCGCAGCAGAUGACUACAAUGCCAUUUGCAGCAAGUUUCAUACCAUCCUCGUGGAUGAUAUCCCAAAGCUGACGGUUGACCGGCACAAUGAGGCCCGGCGCUUGACGCUAUUGAUCGAUUGUUGCUACGAGCACCACGUGCGUCUCAUUGCCAGCAUGGAUGGGCCACCGGAAGAAAUCCUCGGUGGUUUGACGGAGCUCCAGAACAUCAGCAUGUCCUCUCUGAAGGGCGAAGCUGGCUGCGGGGACAGCGACUCAGCAGCUUCCUCCAGUGGCGUCUUGAGCGCCAUCUCCAGGAUCAAGACCAGCAUCAAAGAGCGUUCGGAUGCUGGCCACAUCGCUGCGGACGCAGCCACCCUGCUCUCCAGUGAAGGCAUGAGAACCGACACCGUGUUGCAAGCUGAGAUCCAACGUGCCAGGUCGCACGGCGGGGAUAUCUCCAUUUGGCGGCAGGAAGGUGAGGGUAGCGGCCAAAGCGCUCUUCCUCAAGUCUCCAAAGGCUGGGAUGACCGACGCCGCAUUUCUCAGUUCACCUGGGAAUCUACUGAUCCGACCUCUGAGCAGCAAGCCAUCAAAGGUGUCUUUGUGGCAGCCGUUGCUUCCUUGAAAGAGAGCGGCUUUGCCGUGGAUCGAGCAAUUUCCAGGUUGCGAGAGAUGCAAACGGUGACUUUUCAAGAAGCACAUCGCCUGAAACAUUGUCUUUAG